AUGGACGGCUGGAAACCAGUGGCUACUCCCAUGGUUGCAAAUGAGAAAUUCACUAAAGAAGAUGAUACACCAAAUGCAGAAAGCAUGAUUGGAAGCCUACUAUAUCUAACGGCCACAAGACCAGAUAUCAUGUACGCAACAAGUCUACUGUCAAGGUUAAUGCAAAGUCCGAGCCAAGUUCACUAUGGAGCCGCGAAGAGAAUAUUGCGAUAUUUGCAGGGUACUAAAGACUACGGAAUCCAAUACGAACAUAACAAAGAUUCAAGACUGGUCGGCUACACUGAUAGUGACUGGGCUGGAUCAACUGAUGACAUGAAAAGUACCUCAGGCUACACAUUUUCACUUGGCUCAGGCAUAUUCUCAUGGUCAUCCAAAGUGCAAAACUGUGUGGCGUAA